AUGCGUCCCGAGGUCGAGCAGGAGCUCUCGCACACGCUGCUCAUCGAGCUGCUCGCAUACCAGUUCGCCUCGCCCGUGAGGUGGAUCGAGACGCAGGAUGUCGUCCUCGGCGAGAAGACGACGGAGCGCAUCGUCGAAGUCGGCCCAGCGGACACACUGGGCGUCAUGGCGAAGCGAACCCUCGCCUCCAAGUACGAAGCACACGACGCCGCCCUCUCGGUGCAACGCCAAAUUCUGUGCUACAACAAGGACGCAAAGGACAUCUACUACGACGUAGACCCUGUAGAGGAGGAACCAGAGCCUGCCGCGCCCAGUCGAGACGCACCAGCUGCCUCUUCAUCAGCACCCGCGGCCGCAGCAGCGCCUGCUGCUGCUCCCCCACCACCUAGCGCGGGACCCGCUGCACAAGUCCCGGAUGCCCCCAUCACGGCAACCGACAUACUGCGCGCGCUCGUUGCUCAGAAGCUGAAGAAGCCUUUGGGCGAUGUUCCCCUUAGCAAGGCGAUCAAGGAUCUCGUCGGAGGCAAAUCCACUCUUCAGAAUGAGAUCCUCGGAGACUUGGGCAAGGAAUUUGGCUCAACGCCCGAGAAACCGGAAGACACACCCUUGGACGAGUUAGGUGCCGCGAUGCAGGCGACCUUCAAUGGUCAGCUUGGCAAGCAGUCCUCCUCGCUCAUUGCACGCCUGGUGUCGUCUAAAAUGCCCGGUGGUUUCAACAUCACAUCCGUACGCAAACACCUCGAGACCCGGUGGGGGUUGGCACAAGGACGCCAAGACGGUGUGCUGCUGUUUGCCCUCACAAACGAGCCCGCUGCUCGUCUCGGGUCGGAAAACGACGCCAAGGCGUGGUUGGACGACAUUGCGAACAAGUAUGCGGCACAGGCUGGCAUUAGCCUCUCUGCGCCGACAGCAGGCGGCGAUGCCGGCGGCGCGGCAGGAGGCAUGAUGAUGGACCCCGCUGCCAUCGACGCCCUCACCAAGGACCAGCGCCAAUUGUUCAAGCAGCAGCUCGAACUCUUCGCCCGUUACUUGAAGAUGGAUCUGCGUGCUGGCGAUAAGGCCUUUCUCGACUCCCAGAAGGCUUCUUCUGCUCUUCAAGCGCAAUUGGAUCUCUGGACUGCGGAACAUGGAGACUUUUACGCCUCCGGAAUUGAGCCCCAAUUCACACCGCUCAAGGCCCGCGUGUACGACUCUUCGUGGAAUUGGGCUCGCCAGGAUGCUCUCAGCAUGUACUACGACAUAAUUUUUGGUCGGCUCAAGGCAGUUGAUCGCGAGAUCGUCAGCCGUUGUAUCCAGAUCAUGAACCGCUCGAAUCCUUUGCUUCUUGACUUCAUGCAAUAUCACAUCGACCACUGCCCGACGGAACGUGGUGAAACAUAUGAGCUGGCGAAGGAACUUGGUCAGCAGUUGAUUGAGAAUUGCAAGGAUGUUCUGAACGAGGCCCCCAUGUUCAAGGACGUGGCGGUUCCUACUGGCCCCCACCUUGAGAUCGAUGCCAAGGGUAACAUGAAUUACGCCGAAGUACAACGGCCUAGCGUACGCAAGCUGGAGCAUUACGUCAAGGAGAUGGCCGAAGGUGGCAAGUUGUCCGAGUAUGGCAACCGCACCAAGGUUCAGCACGACCUGCAGCGCAUCUACAAGCUCAUCAAGCAACAACACAAGCUUUCCAAGUCAUCACAGCUACAGAUCAAGAGCCUGUACAGCAAUGUCAUCCGUUCUUUGUCGAUGAACGAAGGCCAGAUCAUCCCCAACGAGAAUGGGAAGGUCAACGGCAAAAAGGGUCGCAAUGGCCGUGUACAUGGGCCCUCCAAGCAGGGUAAGGUCGAGACUGUGCCGUUCCUGCAUUUGAAGAGGAAGGACGACCAUGGCUGGGAGUACAGCAAGAAGCUCACCGGCGUCUAUCUUGACUGUCUCGAGAGCGCUGCUAAAGACGGUGUCACCUUCCAGGGCAAGUACGCCCUGAUGACUGGUGCCGGUGCCGGAUCCAUUGGUGCAGAGGUCCUCCAGGGUUUGAUCAGCGGUGGUGCUCACGUCGUUGUCACCACGUCCCGCUUCUCUCGCGAAGUCAACGAGUACUACCAGUCCAUGUAUACUCGCUAUGGUGCUCGUGGCUCUCAGCUCAUUGUCGUUCCCUUUAACCAGGGCAGCAAGCAGGACGUCGAAGCCUUGGUUGAUUACAUCUUCGAUGCCAAGAAUGGUCUUGGAUGGGACCUCGACUACAUCGUUCCUUUCGCUGCUAUCUCCGAGAACGGACGCGAAAUCGACGGUUUGGACUCCAAGUCCGAACUUGCCCACCGCAUCAUGUUGACCAACCUCCUUCGACUACUCGGUGCUGUCAAGACCCAGAAGGCUGCUCACGGCUACGAGACAAGGCCAGCACAAGUCAUCCUCCCUCUUUCGCCAAACCACGGCACCUUUGGCAACGACGGGUUGUACGCGGAGUCCAAGAUCGCCUUGGAGACUCUCUUCAGCAGGUGGCACUCCGAGAGCUGGGGUAGCUUCCUUACAAUCUGCGGAGCCAUCAUUGGCUGGACUCGUGGUACCGGACUGAUGGCCGGUAACAACAUCGUUGCCGAGGGUGUGGAGAAGUAUGGUGUCCGCACGUUCAGCCAGCAAGAAAUGGCGUUCAACUUGCUCGGUCUUAUGGCACCUCCGAUCGUGAAUCUUUGCCAGAUCGAGCCGGUAUGGGCCGAUCUGAACGGAGGUUUCCAGUACAUCCCCAACCUUAAAGAUCUCAUGACAGAUCUCCGCAAGGAGUACAUGGAGACCAGUGAGGUCCGCAAGGCCGUCAUCAAGGAGAACGCCAUCGAAAACAAGAUCGUUAAUGGCGAGGCUAGUGAAGCACUAUACAAGAAAGCCACCAUAGAACCGAGAGCCAAUCUCAAGUUCGACUUCCCCAAGCUUCCUGAUUGGGAGAACGAUGUAAAGCCUCUCAAUGAAAAUCUCAAGGGCAUGGUCGAUCUCGAGAAAGUGGUUGUCGUCACCGGUUUCGCUGAGAUUGGUCCAUGGGGUAACUCCAGGACACGAUGGGAGAUGGAGGCUUACGGCGAGUUCUCCCUCGAGGGAUGUGUGGAAAUGGCCUGGAUGACCGGUCUCAUCAAGAACCACAACGGUCCGCUCAAAGGCAAGAGCUACUCUGGCUGGGUGGAUGCUAAGACAGGGGAGCCAGUUGAUGACAAGGAUGUCAAAUCUAAGUACGAGAAGCACAUCCUGGAGCACGCUGGUAUUCGUCUCAUUGAGCCUGAGCUCUUCCAAGGCUACGACCCUACCAAGAAGCAGCUUCUUCAGGAGAUCCAAGUUGAGGAGGACCUCGAUCCGUUCGAGGCUUCUAAGGAGAAUGCGGAUGAGUUCAAGCGACAGCACGGUGACAAGGUGGAGAUCUUCGAGAUCCCAGACUCUGGAGAAUAUACCGUCCGCUUGAAGAAGGGUGCUACUUUGUUAAUCCCCAAGGCGCUCCGCUUCGACCGCCUUGUUGCUGGCCAGGUUCCUACAGGCUGGAACGCGAAAAUAUAUGGUAUCCCAGACGAUAUCAUCUCGCAAGUGGACCCUGUUACGCUCUAUGUGCUUGUGUCCACUGCCGAGUGUCUGCUGUCCAGCGGUAUCACCGACCCUUACGAGUUCUACAAGUACGUCCACUUGUCCGAAGUCGGUAACUGUAUCGGUUCCGGUAUUGGUGGUACGACUGCCCUCCGUGGCAUGUACAAGGAUCGCUUCCUCGAUAAGCCUGUCCAGAAGGACAUCUUGCAAGAGUCUUUCAUCAACACCAUGAGCGCCUGGAUCAAUAUGUUGCUCAUGUCGUCAACUGGACCCAUCAAGACCCCUGUCGGUGCUUGCGCUACUGCUGUGGAGUCCAUCGAUAUCGGGUACGAUACCAUUGUCGAAGGCAAAGCUCGUGUCUGCUUCGUUGGUGGUUUCGAUGACUUCCAGGAGGAAGGAUCCUACGAGUUUGCCAACAUGAAGGCUACGAGCAACGCUGAAGACGAAUUCGCUCAUGGCCGCACACCCAAGGAUAUGUCCCGUCCCACUACGACUACUAGAAACGGCUUCAUGGAGUCUCAGGGCUGCGGUAUGCAAGUGAUCAUGGACGCUCGUCUUGCCAUCGAUAUGGGUGUUCCUAUUUACGGUGUUCUCGGCUUCACCGCUACAGCCACUGACAAGAUCGGACGUUCAGUUCCCGCUCCAGGCAAGGGUGUGUUGACCACCGCUCGAGAGAUCCCGUCCAAGUUCCCUUCACCCCUCUUGGACAUCAAGUACAGGAAGAGGCAGAUGGAUCUCCGCAGGAAGCAGAUCAAGCAGUGGCAGGAAUCCGAGCUCUUAUACCUUCAGGAGGAGGUAGCAGCCAUUAAGGAUGCAGCUGAGAGCUUUGAUGAGUCAGAAUACCUGCAGGAGCGUGCUGCUCACAUUGAGCGGGAGGCCAAGCGACAAGAGAAGGAUGCUCUCAACAGCCUCGGAAACAACUUCUGGAAACAGGAUCCCCGCAUCGCUCCUCUUCGUGGUGCUCUUGCUACUUGGGGUCUUACCAUUGACGACCUCGACGUUGCCUCAUUCCACGGUACUUCAACCGUCGCCAACGACAAGAACGAGUCGGAUGUCGUUUGCCACCAAAUGCGCCACCUCGGCCGUACCAAGGGUAACGCUUUGUUGGGUAUCUUUCAGAAAUACCUCACCGGUCAUCCCAAGGGUGCCGCAGGUGCAUGGAUGUUCAACGGCUGCUUGCAGGUUCUCAACUCUGGUCUUGUGCCGGGUAACCGCAAUGCGGACAACGUCGAUAAGAUCAUGGAGCAAUUCGACUACAUUGUUUACCCAUCCCGGACGAUUCAGACGGACGGUAUCAAGGCCUUCUCAGUUACCUCUUUCGGUUUCGGUCAGAAGGGUGCUCAAGCCAUUGGCAUCCACCCCAAGUACCUCUUCGCUACGCUUGACCACACCGAGUUCGCUACCUACAAGCGGAAGGUCGAGGCUCGCCAGAAGACUGCUUACCGUUACUUCCACGACUCCCUCAUCAACAACACCAUGUUCCGUGCCAAGGACAAGUCGCCUUAUGAGGAAGAGAGGAUGCAAGAGGUCUUCCUCAACCCUAAGGCGCGUGUCACUGUCGAUAAGAAGACUCAGAAGUACACCUACCCAAAGAACCUUGACACAGGUGCACUCAAGAAGGAUGCGAGGGCACAGGAGACACAGAAGAUGCUUGAGUCGAUUACUCGGGCAUCCGCCUCGGCAAACACCAAGAUCGGUGUCGAUGUUGAACGUAUAGAUGCCAUCAACAUUGAGAAUGACACCUUUCUGGAACGCAACUUCACCGCACAAGAGAUGGCAUACUGCCACAAGGCAGCCAGCCCACAGUCCAGCUUCGCGGGUAAGUGGUCAGCCAAGGAGGCCGUGUUUAAGUCGCUCGGUGUCAAGGGUCAGGGUGCUGGUGCCGCACUGAAGGACAUUGAAAUCGUCAACGACGAAAACGGGGCACCGACUGUUCAGCUCUCCGGUGCCGCGCAACAAGAAGCCAAGCGCGUUGGCAUGAAGAAGGUCACCAUUAGCAUCAGCCACUCGGACGACCAAGCGGUCGCUGUUGCUGUCGCCUCUUUCUAG